AUGAUAGAACCCAAUACCCAGAGAACAAUUGGCAAGAUAGAGAUCCUCGAAUAUUAAGAGAUAAUAAUGAUUGGGAUGGACGAAAUGGAAGGCCAGGUCCUCGAAAUCCUAGAGAAAACGAUUGGGAUGAACGAAAUGGUAGAUCUGGGUCCCGAGAUCCGCGAGAAAAUGAUUGGGAUGAAAGAGGAAGGCCAGGACCCCGAGACCCACGGGAAAAUGACUGGGAUGAAAGAGGAAGGCCAGGACCCCGAGAUCCACGGGAAAAUGACUGGGAUGGGCGAAAUGGUAGGCCUGGACCUCGUGAUCCACGGGAAAAUGAUUGGGAUGAACGAAAUGGUAAGCAUAUACCUCGCGAUUUACGUGGAAAUUAUUUGGACGAGAGAAAUCGAAAAUCCUCACUCAAACCCUUGGAUAUAACCGAAUCAUCAUCACGGGAACUUGACCGCGAAGGAUCCAGUAGCGAUGGCGGUUAUUCUCGUAGUGAACGAGAUGUUCCAAUAAAUAAUGGCCUUGAUUUAACAUCAAAUCAAUCAGAAAAAUUACCACCACCUGUUUCUACGAAUCGCACGCCUGUAAAACGUGUUGUUUCGUUGCCACCGCCUCCUGAAGCUCUUGGAAUCAUUGAUAUCGAUCCGAAUCAUCA